GGCGGGACGAGCUGCCCGCCCCAGUCCGAGGCAUGUAAAGGCCUGGGUGGUGGGGAGGGAGCAGGGAGCGACCAGCCGGGGCUGCGCUGGAGCCGGUUGCACAAGUUGCAGAGAUUGCUACGGAUGCCAGCAAAACGUCGGCCGAAAUGGCAACCGAGGGGGAUAAACUAUGGGGAGGAAGGUUUGUUGGAAGCAUGGAUCCCAUCAUGGAGAUUCUCAACUCCUCCAUUGCCGUUGACCAGAGACUGUCUGAAGUUGAUAUCCAGGCAAGCAUGGCUUAUGCCAAAGCCUUGGAGAAGGCUAGCAUCCUCACUAAACCUGAGCUGGAGAAGAUCCUGAGUGGCCUGGAAAAGAUCUCCGAGGAGUGGUCUAAAGGAGUCUUUGUGGUGAACAAAAGUGAUGAGGAUAUCCACACUGCCAAUGAACGCAGACUGAAGGAGCUGAUUGGAGAUAUUGCUGGAAAGCUGCACACUGGAAGAAGCAGAAAUGAUCAGGUUAUGACUGACUUGAAGCUGUUCAUGAAGAACUCCGUCUCUGUGCUCUCCACUCACCUGCUGCAGCUCAUUAAGACCCUGGUGGAACGUGCUGCCAUAGAAAUUGAUGUUAUCCUCCCUGGCUACACUCACCUGCAAAAAGCUCAGCCCAUCAGAUGGAGCCAGUUCUUGCUCAGCCAUGCCGUUGCACUGACCCGUGACUCCGAGCGCCUGGGAGAGAUAAAGAAGAGGAUGAAUGUCUUGCCCUUGGGAAGCGGUGCUCUGGCUGGCAACCCACUGGAUAUCGAUAGAGAGCUGCUGCGCAGCGAGCUGGACUUUGCUGCCAUCAGCCUGAACAGCAUGGAUGCCAUCAGCGAGAGAGACUCUGUGGUGGAACUCCUCUUUGUUGCCACCCUGCUGAUGACCCACCUUAGCAGGCUGGCUGAAGAUCUCAUCAUCUACAGUACCAGCGAGUUUGGCUUUGUGACCCUCUCCGAUGCCUACAGCACUGGCAGCAGCCUGAUGCCUCAGAAGAAGAACCCUGAUAGCCUGGAACUGAUCCGCGGCAAAGCUGGACGCGUGUUUGGACGGUGUGCCUCUAUUCUCAUGGUUCUCAAAGGACUUCCAAGCACCUACAACAAGGAUCUGCAGGAGGACAAGGAGGCAGUCUUUGAUGUGGUGGAUACCCUGACUGCUGUGCUCCAGGUUGCCACUGGAGUCAUUUCUACCCUCCAGAUCAACAAGGAGAAUAUGGAGAAAGCUUUGACCCCUGAAAUGCUGUCCACUGACCUGGCUCUCUACUUGGUUCGUAAAGGAAUGCCAUUCAGACAAGCCCACACUGCCUCUGGGAAGGCUGUCCACCUUGCUGAGACUAAGGGCAUCACCAUCAAUAAUCUCACCCUGGAAGACCUGAAGAGCAUCAGCCCCCUCUUUGCCAGCGACGUGUCCCAGGUCUUCAGCUUCAUCAACAGUGUGGAGCAGUACACGGCCGCGGGUGGUACCGCCAAGAGCAGCGUGACUGCCCAGAUCGAGGAGCUGAGGGAGCUGCUGAAGAAGCUGAAGGAACAAGCUUAGAGUGUGGUGAGAUAUCCCGUGUGUGCAGCUUUGUGCUUAUCACACUGAUCUGGAGUUAAUAAACGCCGUGGUGCAUUGUAGUUCACUGAAA